GUAGGGCAGCUCCAUUUAUGGGAGUGUUCUGUGGUCAGGUACAAGUACUUCAGAGAAUUUUCCUUGUUCGCAUUUGAAAUAUACACCAACUGUGUUUUCAGCCACAUCAAAUAACUUCACUGCUGCACACUUCAGACAUCCUGUCAUGGAAUCACACCCAGACAAACACAGUGACAGUACUGCACAGCUGAUUUACGUUCCUCACAAGGACACAAUCCGUCUACUAGAGGUCUACAUCAAACGCAGCCUCAGUCUAGAUGACGGCAGUCUGGACAACAAGACAGACAAAACAAAGACUGAAAAGUGGGUGACAGUUAAUCGAAGGGUACGCAGAUACUCCAGCGACCCUUCCACUCACUUCGAAGGACAAAGUGAUGAGCUGAUUGGUACAUUUUCUGGAGUUGAACCUUCAGAGCCUCAGAUACAGACAUAUCCUGAAGAAUCAGACAAAAAAGGCAGAAAAUCUACAAAGAAGAAGUCCUCGUUCUGGAAAGGAUUUCUCAACUUCUUCUCUUUGAAGGACAAUGAAGACAAAGCUGCAGAGGAAACGAGCCCUUCAGAUACACAGGUGGAUUUCCAACCGGCAGACGUAUCAGCUCAUGAUAUCCCCUGCCUUCCGACAACGCCCAUCUCGAUACAAAGGAAGAUAUCCUUCAAGAAAAAGCUUCCUAAAAGGAGACAUUCCCCGAGAAAAUUAUCGAAGCAUCGUCUGAGUAGAGAUUUCAGUACAGCCGGCAUCACCAAAGUCGAUGCUGUGACUGUUGAACCUGCAUACUCUUACUACGAGAAAGUAUCAGAAGAACUGCAAAAGAUUGUCCAUGAAGUUCAAGACAAAGACGUUCCACCUCUCAAAGAAGAGGAAAUGAUCAAAAGAAUCGCUGAGUUGGUGAUGGAGGAGGGUGACAUCUUGGACGAUAAGUUGAAGGAAAACCCGACCCUGAACACCUUCUUCACAAGGAUGACGUACCCUGCCUUCCAGAAGUUGGCUGAUGCCUAUGUUGCGACGGAGGCAUCGCCAAUCCGCAGCCUUCACCCCACUGACCCCAAAGUCCCACCGACGGCACCUGAACUGGUCAAACUGGCCUUCACGCUAGACUUUACUGCACGGAUAGCUGCGAUGUCCAGGCAGAACAUACAUCACAUCACGGGUCUGGGGAGGCUUUACCUAAAGGACAGAUUUGAAUACAAACAGGCCUGCACAGAUCACCCGUGGGCCGACGCCGAAGGCUGACGUUCAGCCAUCGAAAAAUAAACUAUUACUCCGAGUGAAAACAUGACUUGUAUGGUGCAUCGCAUACGGUUAAGGGUGCCACAAGCCGGAAUGACCUUUUCCAAGACUGAAUGUAGGAUUAGAAGGCUGCACACAGGAACGUUGUAGUCGUAGAGUUUAAAGCUUGCUGCUGUUUGAAUGGUUUUAGAAGAGAAGUGCAUGAAUUUGUAACAUGUAAGAUCAACUUAUGAACGUCUUCAAACUUGUUGCAGUAUUUCCAUGUUGUAGUCAUUUCUGUCUCUGAUACUGAAAUGUGACAAUAUGUAAAAAUUCACUAUUUAAUAGGAAAGUAUUUUUUAAUGCAAACACAAGCUAUGAUUCAUGUUUACAAGGUAUCGCUUAUACCGCCGGGCAAUAGUGCCGUAUUUUAUUUUUAUAUUGCUAGGUUGAAAAAUUGUAUUCAAUAGAACACGCAAACUGGCAAAAUAUUUGUUAUUGCACUGUAAUUAAAAUUAAAUUAUCAUGAAGAAAUGAA